AUGCUGAGCACCUCGGCGACGCCCACUCAGAAGUCGUACGUCUCACAGCACCAGCAGCAGCAGCAACAACAGCCACAGUCAGGAAGCGUACCGCAAAAUGCGACUUCUCGCCCCAGCUUCGAACGCGAUGCCUUGCAACCCCCGGCCCUCAAUGGCGGCGGCGGCGGCGGCGGCGGCGGCGCCGGUCGGAAUCUGUCGGCCUCAGCCGUGAGCUUUGCGCCCCGAGGCGCCUCGCUCAACCCAUCGCCCAUGCCUGGCAGUUUCAGUUCCGAGCUCCGCAGCCAGUUGAACCUCUCCCGUGCCGGCACCCGCCCGGACAUCUUUCCGCUCGAGAAGCUGGACGAGGACGAUGGCCCGACCUCCGAAAGGACCCUUAGCUACCUGCGCGAGGCCCUGAGUCGCGAGAUGAAGAUCAAGGAGGGGAGCGAGAACAUGCUCGAGGCGCUAAACAGCAAGAAGGCCAAGCAGACCAAGGAGCAGCGCCAGCGUGUCGAGGCCGAGCUGAACUCGUCCAACCAGCGCAUCAAGGAGCUACGUCAGAAAAUCACCGACGCCCAGCGGACAAGGGCGGCACCCACAACGCCUACGCGGUCUAGAACAGAAGGCUUGUUUCCGGGCACCGGCGGCCUACGAUCCCCCCCGAGCGCCUCCAGAAGCGGUGCCGGUUCCGACCUCGACGAGCCCGCCGAGUCGCCCACCUUCGCCCUGACCGAGAUCCUGCAAGCACUCGAGGUGACGGGAAUGACUCCAGACUACUACGUCUCGAGGGCCAAUAGCCUGGUCGAUCUGUUCAAGCGCCACCCGACGCUCAAGUACGACUUGGCCUGGUCCGUCUUCGGCCACCGCAUGCAGGCCAUGCUCCUGAGUGAAAGCCGCGAGGUGGUCGCUGCGGGGUACAGGAUGAUACGAUACGCCAUUUCGGAUAUCAACUCGCUCAGAAAUAUCCGCGCUCUGAAUACUGACUACCUAGUCACAUGGUCUCUGAUCAAGGACCGCAAAUCCGACGUUGAACGCGAGCAGGCCCUCAAGUUUGUGCGUGCCUUUCUCGACGUCAAAGACGGCGUUACUGAGAUAUCGAGGGCCGUCGUAAGGACCAUUGCCGCUGCAGCAGAAGAGCCCGAGGAGAGGUUACGGCCUAUCUGCCUCGAAACGCUCGCUGAGAUUUUGGUUCGUGACCCCCGUCUGCUGAUCGCCUCGGGAGGCAUGGCCCCCCUGCACGAAGCCCUGGCAGAUGGUUCCUACAAGGCCUCGGAGAGCUUGACGGCCGCAUUCCUCUAUCUUCUGGACGCGCCGCGGCGGCGCAAAUACCUGCGUCCCGGGAACGAGCUGGAGGUUCUCUUCACGGCCUUCACCGACGAGCUCACCUCAAACGAACGCUUUUUGAAGCAGAGCGCUAAAUCAGUGGCCACGGCUCUCAAGUCAUGGUCAGGGCUGAUGAGCCUGUGCAUGUACAACUUUCGUGCCAUCAAAUCCAUGAUCAGCAGUAUGGUCGUGCAGACAGGGCCUAUCCGGGAGACGAUUUUGGAUUUGCUAUUCUCUCUUCUCCGCAUCAAGCCCCCGGGAUGGGCACAAUCAUUCUUGGCUGGCCGGCGACUCACUACCUAUGGGCGGGUCUCGGACCUCAAGUCAACCACCACGAAGGGGCCGCAUUCCGAAUUCGAGGAUGACGGUGGCGAGCAGAACUUCGUCGAACACUACACCGCGCUAUUGCUCGCCGUCUUCAUCAAAUCGGGCGUGGUCCCGGCCCUUCUGAAACUUACUCAGGAUAACGAAAACGCACCGCUCAAGCGAAAGUCGACACUUUUGAUAGGAGAGGUGCUGAAACUGGCAAGCCACCUGCUCCCGCCAUCGUGGAGCAGCGAUUUGCAAUUGCUCCCGGAGCUGUUUGUCUCAGCUGCUAGGCUUCGGGAUGAGAGCCACUUCACCGCCACCGGCGUUGUGUAUCAGAUAAGCAGCGUCAGCAGGACGCUCUAUAGGUCGUCGCCGGCGGCUUAUAUGCCUCCAGCGCACCAUCACACGGACCUUGGCGCGCUUGACGAACACCCCAAGAGCAUCACAGCAGUCAACUUUGACGACGCGACAUUCCGGCAACUGCUCAUCGAUUCCAACGUGCUGAGCAGCUCCAACUACACCAAGUGGAACUGGGAUGUUAUCCUUAGGCUGAUUGAAGGACCUCUGACGAGCGGCAAGAGGCUCGAAGAAGCCAUCAAAGCAUCCAAAUUCGUAAAGCGGAUCAUGAGUUUCUAUCGCCCUUUCAAGUUUAGAUUUUCAGAGGUCAAGAGCUCAAGAAACACGCAAAAAUACGUCCGGACCGGGUGCGCCCUAAUGCACGCUCUACUGCAGAGUCCCGAGGGUGUCAGGUACCUGUCCGACAACAAACUGCUUCGGCAGAUCGCCGAGUGCCUGGCGCAAUGCGACCCAACGAGCGGACUGACGGCCCAAGACCCCAUGUUCUCCAAGGAUCGCCUCAUUGACACGCUCUGUGGGGGUUAUUUCCCCAUGCUCGGUGUCUUGACCGGAGACGCAAAGGGGAUGCAGAUGCUGGACCGGUGGCGCGUCUUCAACAUGAUGUACCGCAUCCUCGACCUCAAACAGCGGCCCGACCUCAUCAAGCUCAUGCUCCAGAAUUUUGAUUAUUCCCUCCCGGGACACCCACGAGUGCUCCUGUCCAAGGCGUUGACAGCGGGGACCAAGGACAUCAGAAUUCACGCCACGAAUGCAUUGCGAAAGUACGCGACGCACCCUAGGGUAAAGGGCCAAGCCCAAGAGGCUGGCGAUUCAAAGUGGGCCAUCCAGCUCCUUGUGACGCAGCUCUACGAUCCUGAAAUCGACGUGUGUGCGACUGCAGUCAAGAUCCUCGAGAAAGCCUGCAACACAAAGAACAACCUCGAGUAUAUUGUCGAGUGUCGGCCAGCGCUAGACCAUCUGGGCGAGAUAGGCGCUCCCUUACUCUUGCGCUUCCUGUCGACAUCGAUCGGAUACCACUACCUAGACGGGCUGGACUACAUCAGCAACGAAAUGGACGACUGGUUCCUCGGGCGGAACGACUCGUACGUGAGCGUCAUUGAAGCGAGCCUGGCACGCUCUUUCCUCGACCAACAGGACGACCACACCAACCGCACCAGCGUGUUUGACGACGAGCAGGAGAUGGAGGCCGACAGCCACGUGCCGCCGCACUUUUACCGCGAGCUGACCCGGACCGAGGAGGGGUGCAAGCUGCUCAGCGACAAGGGCCACUUUGACGAGUUUGCGGCCACGAUCCGCGAGCACGGCAUGGAGUCGGACGACCCGGAGAUGAUUGUCAAGGUCAAAGGCUGCCUCUGGGCGGUGGGCAAUGUCGGAUCCAUGGAGCUCGGCGCGCCGUUCCUCGAGUCGUGCGACGUGGUUGAGCAGAUCGUCAAGAUUGCCCAGCACCACGAGGUCAUGAGCCUGCGGGGCACGGCGUUUUUCGUCCUGGGCCUCAUCUCGCGCUCCACGCACGGUCUGGAGAUUUUGUCUGAGAACGGCUGGGACGCGAAUACGAACAUACUCGGCCACUCGUUGGGCCUUUGCAUACCCACGAAUCUCGGCCAGCUGUUCUCGCUCAAGCCGUGGAGCCAUAUCCCUGUCACUUCCAUUGAGCUGCCGGAGAGCCAGAAGACGGAAACGGCCAGGGUUCCGCCGCUGCCAAUAACCCGCGGCGGCUCACACUCGCAAUCCCUUCUGGCCAAUAGUGCCGCCGCCGCUGAUGGGAAUGGGAGUGGGAAUGUGAAUGCUAACCACCCCAGCCACCCGGUCCUCGACCCGGACCCGACCAACCAGCGCGUCCUGGAGCUGGUCAUGGACAUGGCCAACAUGGUGCUGUACCGGCGGGCGCGCAACGAGCUGAUGCAGCUCAAGGCGCAGACGCAGAAAAUUACUAAAGCGGGUGCGGGUCAAACGGUGACUUGGUUUGCCCAGCCGGGCUUGUUUAGGCGCGUCAUGUCGCUCCUCGAGUGCCACCACUACAGGCUGACCGACCGCAACAUGAUUGUCGGCUUGUUUGAUCGGAGCGUGCUAAGGGCGGUGGUGUAUGGGGAGGAUAGGCCUGCGGUGGGUGGGGGGUCACAUGCUGUGAUGAGGGGGGAGGGAGGAAAGGGAGGGGAAAGUGACCAGACAGAAGAGGAGGAGGAGGAGAGUAGUGAAGAUGAUGAUGAUGAGCAGGGGGUAAAAGAGGGGGUUGCUGUUGGAUCACCCUUGAAGAGGGACGGUACUCGGGAACGGGCUUGUGAGGAGAGCAAAGAGGAGAGUGGCAGUGAAGGUGAAGAUGGAGAUGAGGAUGAGGCUGAGGGUGGGGAUGAUGGCGGCCGGGGAAGGGGGAAUGAGCAAGAGGAGGGUGACGAGGAGGAGAGUGAUGAUGGUGAUGAAGAUGGCGAGGGGGACAGUUCGGGCGACGAACAGCGCACAGAGAGGCAGAGGAGUAUCAGCGACCCCGAGCCGUCGGACCGCAACCGCAGCCGAAACCGAGAUACAGAAGGGGUGGCGAUUUCUGCUAGGCGGCAUGUUCGUCGCUAA